CCGAGGAGUUCAUCUUCAAAGUGGGUGUUUGAUUGCAAACUAUUCUCUCGUCAUCACAAAAUGAAGAUAGCUGUGUCAGUAGUUUUGACAAUGACCAUUCUCAUCUCCAAAAUAAUUGCUCAAGAUUAUGACCUGAAUUUCCCUAGCAACCCUGGUACCAAUGAUUCAAUUCAGAGAGCACUGCGUUUCAAUUCAUCACAGCCUAUUCGAGAUGUGUCGGUUUGUCUCUGGAUGCGUCCCUUGGAAUAUACCAGCGAUCAUCAUGUAAUAUUUUCGUUGCGACGAAACGCAUUUUCAUCCAAUCAAAUGGUUCUUUUGUAUCGGAUGCCUUCAAAAUUGGAGCUUUGGAUUUAUGACCAAAAAGUCGAGGUAACUGCUAAUGAUACACUGAAUGGUCAUUGGCACCAUAUCUGUACAACAUGGAGUUCAAUCCAUGGCAAAUGGCUGGUUAUGUACGAUGGCAAUGCCAAGUCGUGUUCAGGCUUAGGAACAGAUCUGGAAUUGUCACAUGAUGUACAGAUAGAUUUGGGCAAUGGAAAACCAUUGAGCGACGGCCAAGGAAAUUCCUCCUUCCGAGGACAAAUAAGCAGUGUUUACGUUUGGAAUGAAAUUCUUACUCUUAGUAAUAUGUGGAGUAUGUUCACAAGAUGUCAACCACGACACCAAAUCAAACCAAUGGUCUCAUGGAAGAAAUUUUUGGAAAACACUACACAGAAGUCCAAUAUAACAGUAACGCGACCAUCACAAUGCCAUGCUAAAGAGAACCUAGCAUUUAACUGUUCUGCAUUCCCCACAAUUCUCGUGGAUGGAAAACUGGACGACGCUGUGAAUGGGACGCCAUCGUUAGUGCACGUUCACUUACAUAGAAAAGCAUUGAUCACCGAAGUGCUUGUGAGCGUUGGGAAUGUCUCAAACCAAGCCAAACUAUAUCUGUAUCUUGGUAGUGUUCCUGGUAGUGUUCCUGAUGAUAGUGUUCCUGUUUCAAGCGCCUGUCAGUCCCCGAAAGAAAUCACUCCCUUCCAGUCUGUCGUAUUUUACUGCAAAAAUAAUACGUAUUUUGAGAAUAACGUGACAGUCGAGGCUUGGUUUGACUCUGAACAAGGCUCUAUAGACUACCGCGAAGUGGUGGUAUUUGGUCAAUCCUAUCACGUUUUACCAGUUGCAGUCUUACCAUUGUCCAGUAAAUUACCAGAUACAAUUGAAUUUGGCACCAAGGACUUUGAAUUAAGCUCGAAACAUGAUGUGAAGGACGGUCUAGGGCCGACGUUUAAUGAAUUCAGUGGAUCAUACCGUUUUUUUCGACGUCCGUUCAAAUCAUCCUUGGUAUUUGACAUCAAGAAAACAUCGUCUUUACUAAAAGCGAAAUCGAUUACAAUUUCGUGUUGGUUUUCUUUGGACGUACUUCCAGACGAAACCGCGCAGUUGUUCUCUUUUAGAGGUAGGCAACCGGACGACAAGACACUUCAAAUGGUAAUGGAUAAAGACAAGUUGAUCGCUCGUUUUGGAAGCGGUUCUGAGUCUCCCUCAAGCGGAAGUGUCACAAGAAAUACUAAACUGGACAAAUUUGCCAUCGGGGUUUGGUAUCACGUGGCCAUGACAUAUCACGAUGAAACAUUGGAAUCAGAAAUUAUAUUAAAUGGAAUGGACAAAUUAGCUAAAGGUACUAAAAAGAUAUAUUUAGUACUGACUAACGAGUUUGUCAUUGGUCAAUCAUUCCCUGGAAGAAUAGCGUGUAUGCAUAUAUUUCAAGACUGGUUUUAUACACGCUAUAUGCAAGAGGUUAUGUACAGCUGCUAUAACUAUGAACCAGUUCCUCCAAGACCUGCCGUGUUUUUUCCUUUCCGAAAAAGUGACACUUACAAAAACGCAAUGGAUAUGUCAAUGGCUACACAACUUACAGGGCUGGAGGUUACUGAUUACGCAGAUCGUGUUGGGAUAUUGAAUGAGUCUUAUGGUGGUAUGACAUUCUUUAAGAAGGGAUGUCUCUCUUGUAAUUAUCCAUUGGCAAAAUUGGAGUUAAAUCCAUAUUACGAAUUUAAACCAAAGAUUUGUAUAACUAUUACCAUGUGGCUAAGAGCAAAGAAUCAAUUACAGAAAUGCCAACUGUACGACCAAGGAUCAACGUUACGGCUUUCGAUUGAUGAAAAUAUUUUUGAGGCAAAGUUUGCGUUUUUUACUGAGUGGACUAGUAACGAUGUUUCUCAUGUCAGUCUUCAAGUUAAAGAACAGCUUGAUAAAUGGCAUUUUGUCUUGUUUUCCUUCGAUUCAAACCUUAAAAUUGCUCAGUUAGAAAUUGACGGUACUAUAAGGAACCGAAAGAAGCUGCAAGGAAAACUUUUGAAAUUACACGAUUUGAAGAGCAAUAUUAAAAUUGGAAACGAUUGUCAAACACAACUUGCUUGCCUUCAGGUCUACAAUACAGUACUGACCAAACAGCAAAAAACAUUAGCUAAAUACAGUUGCGUAUUUGACAGAGAAGGAAUUUUUAAAACGCCCCAAAAGUUACAAUUUUCGCAAACUGGUGCAAGUUCAGGGAUAAUCAAUUGGACUAAACCUGGAUUUCCUAUUGGUGGUUUAUUACAAGGAUACCGUGUGAAUGUGACUAACCUUAAAAGUGGCCAAGUCAAAACCUACAUCACAGAGUUCUGCAAAGGGACAUUAGAAGUUGAUCAGUUUGAACAAGAGACUAAUUAUACAGCAAAUGCACAACCCAUUGGACGCAUUGACGGAUCACCUUCGCAGACUUUGAACUUUACAAUUCCUCUUGGCCCGAUCGAACCUCCAGCUGAAAUUGUUGCAAGUUCUCUUGGGAGUUCUUCUAUCUUGGUAACAUGGACUAAAUCAAUCAGCCGUGUGCUAGGUUACACAGCAAUCAUUCAUCCCAAAAGUAUCGCUACGAAUACAACCGUCAACAUGGUAUGUUCCAAUGUGACUUCAGUUGAGUUUGUAAACUUAACAGCUUUAACACAAUACGUGGUGAAUGUGAUCGGUUUUGACGCCAGACGUGUUGGGGAAUAUCCUAAAGUUCCUGCUGUUGUUUCCACGGACGAAGAAGCUCCCAGAAAUGCUCCAACUAGAGUUCGUGUCUUCAAUGUAAGAGUGGGUGAAACACACAUGUACGUAGGCUGGGACUUUAAGCCCGACCCAAAUCUUAAGGGAAAAAUUCAAGGCUAUAAAAUCCGUGUAUGGUUGACUGGAGUCCAAAACGUAACGCAAGCCAAAAUGUAUGAAAAGAAUGUACAAAACAUGAAGAUUUACCUUAAUGUGGACAAGAACUUCACUUUCGUGGUAUACGCCGUAACAGGAAGUGGCGUUUUAGGUCCAGGAAGUGUGCCAACCACCAAUCGUGACGAAAUUGCUGCCCUCAAGCCCCCCAAAUUACGAAGCAUUUACACGAGCUGGGAAGACUGUGGUAUUCACCUUUCAUGGGAUAAACCAGACAUUUUUCCAUUGAGUGGAAUCUCUCGUUUGUUUCGUGUUACUUACUACGUUAAAAGAGAGGGCCAUAACGUAACAAAACAAGAGAAUACCACAUUUCAGAAUAUCAGGCUGAGUGGUUUGAAACCAUCUGAGACAUAUUUGAUAUGUGUCGCAGCACAGACAGUUCCUGGUACACCCUUUGGUCCUUGUAGUAAUUGGGUGGACAAGCGUACACAUUGCAGGAUUGCAACGCCAGUACCAACAAAGCCACCUCCACCGUUAACGUCAAGAAUGCCAUCAACAACGACAACAACAACACCACGAACAACAACAACAACGGCAACACAGAUCACAACUAAUACAACCAGCACAACAUGCCCUACAUCACCAACAAACGAGUCGUAUUCAUCAACUGUUAAUGUCCCAACAUCACCAACGACACUCUAUGGUAACUGGACUACCUGGUCACCAUGUAAUACUUCUUGUGGUAUUGGAAUGAAAACAAGAUAUCGAAAUUGCUCUAGCAAUGCGUGUCCUAUGCAACAAGAGCAUGCGCAAUGUAAUAUCUAUACCAAUUGCUCGGACAUAUCAGUUGAUGCCAAGUUAAUAGAAGAGAAAUGGAAUGACAAUUUAGCCAACCAGUCUAGUCCGGAAUUCAAACGGCUGGAAUCUAGAUUGUGCGCAAAUAGUUACCUUCUCUAUUCAGCUGUAUUGUGUUAUAUUGAAAAAUGUUGGAAAGGGAGUGUCAUGACUACUUUGCACAUUAAGUUUGCUGCUUUGGCUGUUGAAAACGUCAUAGCGUUUCAAGAAUCACUGGACAUCAACAAAACGCUGGGAAACACGUCGCUUCUCGUCGAAAAAGUGCAUUCUCAAACAUUGCCGUCAAAAGGACCGAACAUUACCUCCAUCAAAGCAGUAACUGCUACAGUUGCUCAAUUAAGCUGGCAGCCUACCAAUCAGUAUCCCGACUCAUUCCAAGGUUAUAUCAUCAGCUAUCGACCAUUAAGCGUCUUUACCUGGCUGACUGCUACAUGUGGUACAGGCUGUACAUCAAUAGUCGUGGAUAAAUUAUUAUCAAAUACGACUUAUCGGUUCAGGGUGCAGAUAUUAACUGAUAAAGCUCGAGGGAUUGCUGGGGAUGCUGUACUUUUGGUAAUGCCUCCUUCAGUAUCGAAAGAUGUCUCUCCUCCAAACGUAAUAACAACAGUUCUCUCAUCGACGUCCAUUGUUGUUGAAUGGGAUCCUUUGCCAGACGGAGUGAUUUCAGGAAAGUUCCUGGGAUAUCGUGUCUUAUGCGAAGAGGCCGACAGUGGAAAAGUUAUAGAAAAAACGCUCAAUAGUUGGGUUCAAGUGGCGAUUUUCAAAAGUCUAAACAAGUACAAAUGGUACUCGAUCCGUGUUUUUGGAUUUUCAGAUCUCGGUUCAGGCGUUCCUAGUCCAUUGAUUCGUCUGCAAACACUAGAAGACGUUCCCAGUGCUCCUCCGUCAAAUGUAAUUGUCGAGGACAUGUUCAGUACAACGUCAUUAAAAAUGCGGUGGAAUCCAGUCCCUCAUGAUCAAAGAAAUGGUAUCAUCAAAGGUUAUAAGAUUACAUACAAAAUGGCUGCCGACGACGAUUAUGAUGAGUCUAAUACCAAGAUGUUGCAGCUCCCCCCUGAUUCAACGAGUAUUACCAUCGGGUCUCUCGCUUCAUCAGCCAGCUAUGAUAUCGAGAUACUUGCUUACACAUCAAUUGGAAAUGGAGUAUCUACAAAGAUAUCUGCAGCAACAUGCAAAUGCAAUGCCAACAUUUACAGCAACUACUUGCCCUACCCACCCUACGUGAGUAUCAAACCUACGGGGGGCUUAGACGGGAUAUUCGGUGCUAUUGUUGAGGACAUGGUUUUAACGGCUUGUGGUGUUUGUACAAAUGGUCACGGCAAGUCAAAACUUCACAUCACAAAUAACGGGAAAGGUAGCCACUCCCUAAAGGAAACCCACUCAGAGGUGCUGGAUGAUAUAGAUGACGUCACAGACGUCAGUUUCCCCAUAUAUGGUUAUGUGGGUGACACAGAGUAUAUGAAAUACUACAAGUAUGUGUCAGUUGUGGAGUCACCAGGAGUUGCAUUCCUCGCUGUUCGUCCUCAAGUCUUCACUGUAGCCAACAACACCGUCUACAAUGUUGUGUCCAAUUCAUGGAUGUUGCUCAUCUUUCUUCUUCUCUUGAUGUAUGUUUUUGGAGUGGUUUUCUGGAUCGCAGAGUCUCGCUCAAAUUCCGAACAAUUCCCGACGGACUUCCGACGUGGAGUACUGGAGGGUCUGUGGUUUUCCUUUGUGUCCAUGACAACGGUGGGAUAUGGCGAUCGUACACCAGUUACUAUUCUAGCUAAACUAGUGACUAUAAUAUGGACUGUGGUGGGACUCGUUAUGCUCUCCAUAUUCAUGGGUGUGGUCACAUCAUCCAUUACUGUUGUAACGACAGAGAUAAAGCAAGAAGUACAGCUUUAUGGUGCAAACGUAAGCGCUGUAGAAAACUCCGUUGAGUACAAAGCUGGCAUUCUGAAGAACGCAAAAAUGGUUGGUUAUCCUUCACUUAAAGAAACGUACAAUUCGCUCUCUAACCGUCAUAUUCAAGGUGUUCUUGUUGAUGCGUACGUUGCUGGAAGUCCUGAGAAUAUCGUCAACCAGCCCAAGGAUACAUACGUUAACCGCUUGCUGGCCAAAUCAAAUAGCUACGGUAUUGUACUUUCUGGAAAAGUAACUCGAAUAGCACCUGCUUGUCGAGAAUAUAUCAAACAAAACCAGGCAAAGAUAUCCCAACUAGUUUCACAAUUUGUUAAAUCAUUAAAGGAUGUUGAAAGUGUUAAUGUCAAUCAAACAGAUGAUGAAAUACCGGCGGUUGUUUAUCAGUCUACUCCCAAAAUCAACAUCAUGAUAGUCAUUGAGUUUCUUGCUGUUAUCUAUGCUGGGUUUGUAGGUCUGGGGAUAGUCUGGGAAUGCUUCUUUAGAUACUCGAAGAACAGAAAUAUUUGCAAGCUAAAACCUCAUCCGGAUAAUAUAAAAGAGAUGAAGGAAAGUGUUGACAAUUUCUAUUGUCGUUUUAAAAGAAUAUCAUCUGAGCUGAGAGAAAAACACCAACAACAGAUCAAAGCACUCAAAAAAUCUACUCUAGCACUGGGUAAAGUGUAUGACCUCAACAGCUCUCGCUGUUGAUCAAAAACAAAUCAUCCUUCUUCACGCAAGAAUUUGAAAUGCUCACUUUUCUUUCUUGGAACCCCAAAAACACCCUAACACCGUGGCCAAUUUCGCGCCAGUGUGGGAUCAUCAUUAAUGUCAUCUGACGUAGAGUGUUCAUAUAUAGUAUAAUUAUAUAUUCAAUAACCCACGAAAAUGAAUCAAGCCAUGCUACUUAGCGGCAUCCUAUCUCAUGGAUAAGCGGCCGCCAAGAAAAUGCGUCAUUUUAAAGUGUUUGUCAAGAGCAGAACCUGUGCAGCCCAUACUAAAACCGCUUGUUUUGUUUUCGGUGGUGAAUGAGCAAUGUUCACCUUUUUCAGAUCAGAAACAAAGAAUAAAACUUUACCUAGCACAUGUAAGAUGCGGUGUUAUUUUGACUUAAUAAACAGAAAUCAAUUAGCUA